UUUCCAUUUUUGAAACAUUUCCCUAGAUUUAUAUAAAGCCGCCACACAUCUGCUCAUAACUUUCCCCCGUUUCACCUCUCCCUCCUCCUAUCUCUCGCACAGCAUGACUUCCAAAUUUCAGAGCGUCGCUCUCGGCGAGGACGGCUCACGCCCCGUCCACCCAGGUCUUGCCGCGAAGACGAAGAAGGAUGCGCAGGCAGCCACGCGCAAGCGGUUCGAGGGUGCGUUCGCGACAAUCCGCAGCGAGCUUUUAGAGCAUUUCUCUGGUCAUGGAAUGCCUCCAGAUGCGAUUGACUGGUACAGCAGAGUCCUCGACUACAACGUACCAGGCGGCAAACUCAACCGCGGUAUCAGCGUCAUCGACACCGCUGAGAUCCUGAAAGGCCGCCCUCUGACAGAUGAUGAAUACAUGCGCGCCGCUGUCCUCGGCUGGGGAAUCGAAUUCAUGCAAGCCUUCUUCCUCGUUUCAGAUGACCUCAUGGACUCGUCCGUGACCCGCCGAGGCCAGCCAUGUUGGUAUCGCCAACCAGACGUAGGCACCAUCGCUGUCAACGAUGCGCUGCUGCUCGAGGGCGCGAUGUACCAAAUGCUCCGGAAACACUUCCGCGGUCAGCCAUACUACACGGAUCUAAUGGACCUGUUCCAUGAGGUGUCGUACGAGACCGAGAUGGGUCAGCUCGUAGAUCUCAUCACAGCGCCAGAGGACAAGGUCGACCUGAGCAAAUUCUCUCUUGAACGGCAUUCCUUGAUCGUGAUCUACAAGACCGCCUUCUACUCCUUCUACCUUCCAGUAGCAUGCGCGAUGCUCAUGUGCGGCGUCCCAAUGUUCACCCCCUCCACAUCCCCCUCAGAACCCAGCGAUCACCUGACCGAGCCCUACAAGACCGCGCUCGAGAUCCUCCUCCCGCUCGGCGAAUACUUCCAGAUCCAGGACGACUUCCUCGAUUUCUCCGCGCCGCCGGAGGUCCUGGGCAAGAUCGGGACGGACAUUGUCGACAACAAGUGCUCGUGGUGCAUCAACACCGCUCUCUCGCUCGCGACGCCCGCGCAGCGCACAGUGCUCGACGCCAACUAUGGAAAGAAGGACGCCGAAUGCGAGCGCCGAGUGAAGGUCGUGUUCGAGGCCGUCGGCGUGCGGCAGAAGUACGAGGAGUACGAGAAGGACGUGUACGGCCGGCUGUGCAAGCUGAUCGAGGAGGUGCCUGAGGAGGAGGGCGGCGUAAAGCGGGCGGUGUUCACGAGUUUCUUGGAGAAGAUUUACAAGAGACAGAAGUGAGCUCGAGUCGGAGAUUUCGAUAUUCUUUUCACGAUCCAUUCAUAACGCUACUUGCUUCGUUCGAUGCUAUUACACUAGAAGUUGAAUACGCCAUUUGGCAAUUCUUGGUACCACAGAUCCAGGUUUACUGGAUAGGCGACGCAGGGUCCCGUGCCACCCAACACGGACACGAUCAUGUGAUAGUGGCAAGCUCACUCCAACUUGCC